UUUUCAACAGUGUCGCGAAGAACUCGGAGACAAGGUUGUAAUGUUAGAGGAUUUGCUCGCGUUGAAGCCGGCAAACAACAGGAAGAAUGUCAGGUGACAACACUGACGUUCGACUCCACCAGUAUAAAAACAAUGGGAAGGAUACAGACGAAAUGAGGCGCAGGAGAGCCGAGGUAAACGUGGAGCUGAGGAAGACGAAGAGAGAGAACCAGAUCCUGAAGAAGAGAAACUUUCAACGCGACCCGGAAGCACCAAUAUCUCAUUGGUCUGUGGAGGACAUUGCAAAAGGUGUAAACAGUCAGGAUCUAGAUUGUCAGCUUCUAGCAGCACAGGCAGCCAGAAAGCUUCUCUCUGUGGAAAAGCAGCCGCCUAUCGAUGAUGUCAUUUCUGCCGGCCUCAUCCCAAAUCUUGUUAGUUUCCUGGCGGUGUUUGAAUUCCCUCCGAUACAGUUCGAGGCCGCUUGGGCUCUCACCAACAUUGCCUCUGGCACCUCAGAGCAGACCGGUGCUGUUGUGGAGGCAGGAGGCAUUCCAGCAUUUAUCAAACUGAUGACAUCGCCUCACCUGCACAUCAAUGAGCAAGCCAUCUGGGCGCUGGGGAACAUUGCCGGUGAUGGACCUUACUAUAGAGACUUGGUAAUAAAACAUGGUGGCCUUCAGUCUCUUUUAGCCUUGUUGGACCACACCCAGCUGUUUCUGUUUCAUCCUAACUUCAGGCGCAAUGCCACCUGGACACUGUCCAAACUGUGUCGGCACAAGAAUCCUCCCCCUCCCUUGGUGGUGGUGGAGCAGCUGCUUCCGGCCCUGGCGCAACUCCUGCAUCACGACGACAAGGAGGUUCUGGCCCACGCCUGCUGGGCCCUUUCUUAUUUGACGGACAGCACCAACGAGAGGAUAAAAGUGGUGGUUCAGGCUGGCCUGGUCCUUCCUCUUGUAGGGUGUCUGGCAUGUGAGGAGCUCUCCAUCUUGAUUCCUGCUCUGAGGUCAGUUGGCAACAUAGUGACGGGAACGGAUGAGCAGACCCAGUGUGUGCUCGCCGCAGGUGCACUGGCAAUGUUACCCGCUCUGCUGCGCCACCCUGACACCAACAUCCAGAAAGGAGCAGCCUGGAUGGUGUCCAACAUCACUGCCUGCAAAGAAAAGCAGAUUCAGGAAGUAAUUGAUGCAGGCCUGAUACCCAUCCUGGUGGAGCUCCUUCAGCAGGGUGAUUUCAAGACCCAGCUAGAAGUGGUGUGGGCCAUCAGCAACUACACCAGUAGUGGAUCAAAGGAACAAGUGGCCUACCUCGUCCACUGCAAUGUACUGGAGCCUCUGCUCAAUCUGCUGAAUGUCCAAGACAACAAGAUGAUUCUCAUCAUCCUGGAUGCAGUCUGCAAUAUUUUAAAGACGUCACAAAGCACCGGUGAGUCUGAAAAACUGUGUCUGAUGAUUGAAGAGCUGGGCGGUUUAGAGAAGAUUGAAGCACUACAGAGACAUGGAAACGAAGCUGUCUACAAGUCCUCCUUCAAAAUUAUUGACAGCUUCUUCUCUGAAAAGAAUGAAGAUGAUGAGUUUGUGCUUCCCGAGGCCCAUGCAGACUGUUAUGCCUUCCAAAUCCCUGAGAACCAAAGCACUUUCCACUUUUAAUGUUUGCUUUUAUUUUUGACAAAAAAAAUUCUUGGGGAUAUUUUAAAAACUCUUGUACAUACAUGACAGUUCAAAGACAAAGUUUUAUAGUAAUGUUUGUAUUUUUACUAUUGUAAUUUGUAAUAAUUUAUAUUUAAGUUUGUUUUUUCUCCCUUGACAUAAACAUAUUCACAACAGGGCACACUAUUGAUGGACAAAGAGGGAAGAACAGUAAAACAGAACAGGGUUUUAUCCAGUUCCCCACUAGAUGGUGCUAUGUUCCUUAUUUUUGCCUACGUAUUUGUGGGUUUUGCAAUAUCAUUUUCAGGAACUUUUUAUAAUAAGAUAUCUAUUUUCAUUGUUUUCAUUGUAUGUUAUUUUAUACUGUAACAUAGGUCAGAAAGAAGUAUGAGCAGAACUGUACCCUGAAUGUUAAUAUAAACAUUUAUUUUUUUAACGUAUGCACUAUUUUGUUGAAAAAAAAAAUAAAACGUGGCAAACAUUGCAA